UAAGUGCUAAGACCUGACAUUGACUUUAUCUAAUCACAACAACAUCCACAGAUACGGACUGUGGCCCAUGUCUGUGCUUGUCACCAGCCACAUGGGAAUCGAAAAAAAAUCCCAAUUUCACUUUGGUCCGUAACUCCCCAGUACCAAGAAUUUUCACUACCUCGUCAAUAUGGCCGAAGAAAAGAAAUCCGUUCAUACCCCCAUGAUCCUCAAGAUGGAGAAGAUCUGUCGAGGAUACAUUGACCAAUUGGAGAAAGGUGGCAAGCAGUUCAACAUUCAGAACUUCAUGAUGAUGUACAUCUUUGGGGCCACCAACAAUACCGAGUAUCGCACCAAGCUCUUCGAUCAUUGGCCCACCUAUCUGGAGGAUUUCGCUGCCUGCAAAGAGAUCAUGGGUUAUCGUUAUCCUGAGACGUUGGUUGACGAAUUUUUGAGUCUCAAACUAGACAAGAAUGUCAAAAUCUUGGACGUGGCUUGUGGAGCUGGAAACGUGCCUUACAUCUUAAAAGAUCACGGUUACACCAACAUUGACGGCCUGGAUCCUUCCGAUGGUUUGCUCAAGGCUGCCCAAACAAAGAGCUUGUACAAAAACACUUUUUGCUGUUAUGUCACUCCUGAUGAAAAGACUCCCAUCGAAGACAACACCUACGAUGUUUUAUUGUGUUCCGCCGGUAUGUUUCCCGGUUCCAUCGUCCCUCAAGCCUUUAAGGAGCUGAUCCGCGUGGUCAAACCAGGCGGCAUCUUGGCUUGGAACAUUGCUGACGGUUAUGAAGGAUUCAACGACUUCUUUUUGAGUUACGACAAGAUCAUCAACGAUCAUGUGACCAAAGGCGACUGGGAGUUUGUUCAACCGACUAAAAAGAUGGAGAACAUGCUCUUCGAAGAUGCCGGUUAUACCAAUGUCAUGAGGAAGAAGUAGUCAUCAUACUGACAAUGAACGACUCCUUUGCCUUUGGGAACUAUUGGAUCACCCUCAUAAAGAGAAAUACAAAAAGCAUUGCCUAAUGA